UCGAGCGGGCAAGCAGCGACGUGAGACUCUCCAUAUAUUAUCUCCCGAAAGGCGAUUGCGACAAAUAGGAAGAGGUAUAAAAAGCGAUUAUUCUCUACAAUUCAAUUUAAAAUUCUUUGCAUUCGAUCUUUGCAAUUUAGAGUGCACUGUUCGCAUCUUAUUAUUUCGUUACCUUUCGCGUCACGAGAGUGAAAAAUGCUCCAUGCGACAUAUUAUCUCCCGGGAUGCGAUCGGGACAAGUACAUGAAAGUGUGAAGCACGAUUAUUAUCUACAGUUAUUAAAAUUCGGCGCUUCAACUUUACACUUUGACGCGCAUUUUUGUUCGCGCCUUAUCGUUUUGUUGUCAUUCGCGCGACGAGACUCGGAGCGGACAGACAGAGACGUGAGACGCUCCAUGUGACCGUCGUAUUAUUGUUGAUAUAUCUCUCGGAACGCGGUCGCGACAAUAAGCACGAAAAGGUAUGAAAAACGCGGUUAUUAUCUACGAUUAUUGAAAUUUGCCGCUUACUUUUUGCAAUUCACAUUUCGUCAUUUUGUUGUCGAGUGAUUAAGCAGCGUACAUAUAUGUAUGUACAUAUCGUUCUAUACAUAGUCGCGUUACUUUUCGAAACGUGAAAUAAGAAUAAUACAUCAGUCUAAUGUUGAAUUGAUAGAAUGGAACAAAGAAUCAUACGUGCAAUAGUGAGAUUUGUUUGUAUGUACAUUUUUUGGACGGAUUCUCGAGUCUUAGAUAUUAACUCGACUCGCAUAUAAAGAUAAUUGUGUGAUAUUAAAGAUUAUUCAUAAACAUUCAUAAGCAUUUUUAACCUAUAAUUUAUUUCGUAUCUAGUCAUUUAUGUUAUUUAUAUUGAGCGAGUAAAAUUUCCCUAACUUGCGAAGACAUUUGUGAUUAGUAAUAAAGGUUAAUUUUGCUGCGACAGAUAUCGCGUGAAAUUGGUCGCACAAUCUUCGAGUCUGUCACGCGCACGCGAACGAUAGUUCACAUUCUUGUUCCGUAACGAUAUAACACACUGCGGGAGUGCCGUGCGUAAUCUGCUAAUUAUUGUGCGCGAAUAAUAGUCGUGUUUCCGUGAGUGUUAUAAAAAAGCAGCAAUGAACACGAAAAGAAAAGGAGAAGGAGAUUCGGAAAGGCGUCAGAUAUCAGCGGAAGAACUAUGGCGUAUGGGUCAAUGUGUAUUAAACCCCGCUUCUGUGCAACGUAACUGCCUCUUGUUCAAUCAACACCUAAGCAGGAUGCAGGACGCCGAGCAGCAACCACCGUUCACAAACAACGUGUCGCUAUAUCCAGAAUCGAUGACGAGAUCAGUGCAAGCAAGUUUGUCGGUGCUGAACCAGGAAUUUCUCACUACUCGAGCUCUGAUAAACGCAGGACUUCCUCCGUUGCACGUUAGCAGCUUAGCCGCGGCAUCGACGUUCUUCAAUCAGAAUCUCUUCGGCAAUCCGCGGGAUUGGCGAAGACAACAGCCCGGGUCUCCGCCGCCCUCUUCUGUUCAUUUAUCACCAGUUGUAUCGCCGGCUCUCAGCACUUCCAGCAAUUCCACGUCCCAGCGCAUCAGCAUCACCGCCGUGAACAACGACGACGACGACGAUAAUAAUCAUAAUAAUAAUAAUAAUAACAAUGUGCCGGGCAGCAAAAAGGGUGGCAGGAAGAGGAGAAAAAUAACGCCCGUUAAUCAAUCGUUGAACACCGAAUCAACCGUUGAUCAGCAAAAUACAUUGCAAGGCGUAGCCGAACUCAACAUCGAACCAUCCCCAAUUCCAACCGUCGGUUCCGAGACAGGAUCUCCGACCGUCAGUCCUGAGACAGAGAAGAAGAGCAAGAAGCAAAACUUUGUUUGCAACGUAUGCAAGAGAGGUUUUGGUUACAAGCAUGUGCUGCAGAAUCACGAGCGCACGCACACCGGCGAGAAGCCUUUCCAGUGUCCGGUUUGUCGUAAAAGAUUUACUCGGGACCACCAUCUAAAGACACACAUGCGACUUCACACGGGCGAGAAGCCUUACUGCUGCAAAUUCUGCCAGCGGCGAUUCGUUCAGGUCGCGAAUCUCCGCCGUCAUGUACGCGUACAUACGGGCGAGCGCCCGUACCUUUGCAGGCACUGCAAUAACCGUUUCAGCGACUCGAACCAGUUGAAGGCGCACAUAAUGGUACACAACGGCGAGAAGCCGUACGAAUGCGACACUUGUCACGGACGAUUCCGAAGACGACACCAUUUGCAUCAGCAUCGAUGCAACGGCGAAAAUAACGGCGACGAAGCACAGGAGUUCGAAAACGAGCCGGACGAAAACGACGAUAUCGACAUCGACGGCGAGGAGCAGGAGGAAGCGGAGAAUAUUUCGCACGCAACCCAGGAAAAUCUCAGGAGGCCAACUCGUCGCCCGUUACCCAGCCCGAUAGUCGACAUCGCCGCGCAGAUGCUGAAUCUACCCGGGCCCUCGAACGCUCAACCUGGACCGUCGAUCGUUCUACCCGAGCAAACUGAACCCGAGGAUCUAUCCAUGUCCAGGUCACGUAGACACUACUUCAGCAACAGUAGCAACGACUCGUCGCUGAGCCAUAGCCUCAGCAAAGACAGCAGUCCCGAACAAGAGGACGAGAAGUAUCAAGCCAGCCUGUUCCUGAGACACACUCGCGCCGCGUCAAGACUGUCCUCGCGGCAACCAAGAAGCAACCCCUAACGCAGAUCAAGUGAAGUAUCAUCCUAGUGGAGUUUCAACGCUAGAGAAAGGUAUCCCGUAAUCGCUUUCCCAUAUCUACCUCUUAUUACAUCGUUAAAUUUUGGACGAGGAUCACGAUUCUUCAAUUUGCUGAGCUAAAUAAAGUUAUUCGUAUGAUUUUCAACAUUUUUUUUUGCGACUGCCGGAUAAAUUGUAUAAAUAUAUAAAGAUGAAAACUUGUUUAAAAAUCGGCGAAAAUGCUUCGGACAAUGCAAUGAUGCGUAAUAGCGAAACUAUAUAUCUGCGCGUAUUUUUCUUUUAUUACAGAAUGGUCGGAAGAAAAAAUGAAGGUCUUAGAUUUGUCGAAGGACGAUAUUCCCCUAAGCAAAAUAAGCAAAAUAGAAAAUCUUGAUCAUGUCGUCCAGUGUCCGCGAGUCGAUUUAAAAUUCAAGCCGAUCUCCACCUCCAUUACUUCUCACAGUUUCGUCUUGAUCGCAGAGAAUGAGGUUUGCACAAUCGAGAUAUGCUUCUCCGAUUUCCGCCUGCUAUCCUUCGGACGCGAACAGCCGGUCCCGUCAACGAUCCUCUUCAAAGAGUUCUAGUUUUUUUUUUGUGCUAGUUGGCCUCCUCUCGGCUGGUACGCGUCUUUUGCGUGAACCAGUUUUUCGCGCGAUGAAAUACAUUGGCUUACGCCGAAAAACGUUGCAUCAUUUCUGACAUCUUUGGCCGCUCAAGACAUGCUAGGUUGAUUUAUGACGCGCUGGGUACGCAAAUUUGUGUUCUUGACCGCCGACUGGAGGCCAUCUAUUACUUACUGUUCAAUGUGGGUCCGUUACGCAUUUUUGAAAGAAAAAUUCCGUUUUCUGGUUUUGUUUAGUUUUCCCCAGUGCGACGAAGAAGCACGAACAUCUCGAGUUAUAAAAUAUAUAUAUUCCACACACCAUGUCUUUGCAUCUUGCUGUAUGCAACGAAAGAGAAAAGCGGAAGAAAGGAAAACAGGAGGUCUGCGUAUUAUAUAUGAAUAUUGCUCGAAAUAUCGGAUAGGCCCAAAUUGCCCUCGUUUAUCUUUUGAUUGUUUCGUUUGACCGAUUUAUAGAGAAAGAACGACAGCCGCAGGUAUUAGUGUAACUAUUGCGUCUUCUUGCAUUGUCUCGUAUUUUUGUUUUAAAAAAGUAUUUUCACUUUUAUAUAUUUAUGCAGUUUAUUUAGCAAUUUAUGUAGCAGAAAAAAUUGUUUAAAAUAGCGUGACAUAUAUAUAUAUAUA